AUGGCUGAAAUCGUUCUUUCUGCCUUCUUGACAGUGGUGUUUGAAAAGCUGGCAUCUGAAGCCUUGAAGAAGAUUGUUCGCUCCAAAGGAAUAGAAUCUGAGCUCAAGAAAUUGAAGAAGACAUUAGACCAAAUCCAAGAUCUGCUUAACGAUGCUUCCCAGAAGGAAGUAACUAAUGAAGCCGUUAAAAGAUGGCUGAAUGAUCUCCAACAUUUGGCUUAUGACAUAGACGACCUACUUGAUGAUCUUGCAACUGAAGCUGUUCAACGUGAGUUGACCGAGGAGGGUGGAGCCUCCACCAGUAUGGUAAGAAAACUAAUCCCAAGUUGUUGCACAAGUUUCUCACAAAGUAAUAGGAUGCAUGCCAAGUUAGAUGAUAUUGCCACCAGGUUACAAGAACUGGUAGAGGCAAAAAAUAAUCUUGGUUUAAGUGUGAUAACAUAUGAAAAGCCAAAAAUUGAAAGGUAUGAGGCGUCUUUGGUAGAUGAAAGUGGUAUUUUUGGACGUGAAGAUGAUAAGAAAAAAUUGCUGGAGAAGCUGUUGGGGGAUAUAGAUGAAUCAGGGAGUCAAAACUUCAGCAUCGUGCCCAUAGUUGGUAUGGGUGGAGUUGGCAAAACAACUCUAGCUAGACUCUUGUAUGAUGAAAAGAAAGUGAAAGAUCACUUCGAACUCAGGGCUUGGAUUUGUGUUUCUGAUGAGUUCAGUGUUCCUAAUAUAAGCAGAGUUAUCUAUCAAUCUGUGACUGGGGAAAACAAGGAAUUUGCAGAUUUAAAUCUGCUUCAAGAAGCUCUUAAAAAGGAACUUCAGAACAAACUAUUUCUAAUAGUUUUAGAUGAUGUAUGGUCUGAAAGCUAUGGUGAUUGGGAGAAAUUAGUGGGCCCAUUUCUUGUAGGGUCUCCUGGAAGUAGAAUAAUUAUGACUACUCGGAAGGAGCAAUUACUCAAACAGCUGGGUUUUUCUCAUGAAGACCCUCUGCAUAGCAUAGACUCCCUGCAACGUCUAUCACAAGAAGAUGCUUUGUCUUUGUUUUCUCAACACGCAUUGGGUGUACCUAACUUUGACUCACAUCCAACACUAAGGCCAUACGGGGAACGGUUUGUGAAAACUUGUGGGGGAUUGCCUUUGGCUUUAAGAAUACUUGGAAGGUUAUUAAGGACAAAAACAGAUGAGGAAGAAUGGAAAUCUCUGUUGGAUAGUGAGAUAUGGAGUUUAGGAAAUGAAGAUAAGAUUGUUCCUGUUCUUAGACUAAGCUACAAUGAUCUUUCUGCCACUUUGAAGUUGUUGUUUGCAUACUGCUCCUUGUUCCCUAAGGACUAUGAGUUUGACAAAGAGGAGUUGGUUCUGUUGUGGAUGGCAGAAGGGUUUUUGCAACACUCUGCUGCAAGAAAUUCAAUGCAGCAGUGGGGUCAGAAAUGUUUUGAAGAGUUGCUGUCAAGGUCAUUUUUUCAACAUGCUCCUCAUAACAAAUCGUUGUUUGUGAUGCAUGACCUCCUGAAUGACAUGGCCACAUAUGUUGCUGGAGACUUUUUUUCAAGGUUAGACAUUGAGAUAAAACAGGAAUUUGGGAAGGAACCUUUGAAAAAGCAACGACAUAUGUCAUUUGUUUGUGAGGAUUAUGUGGUUUACAAAAGGUUUAAGCCAUUAAAAGGAGCUAAAAGUUUGAGAACAUUUUUAGCAUUGUCUGUUGGGGUGGUAGGAAGUUGGAUAACAUUUUAUUUAUCAAAUAAGGUCCUGAAUGACUUACUUCUGGAGUUACCAUUGUUAAGGGUCCUAAGUUUGAGUAAUCUUAGCAUAAGUGAGGUACCAGAAGUCAUUGGUAGUAUGAAGCACUUGCGGUAUCUUAAUCUAUCUCAUACUGGAAUCACCCAUUUACCGGAAACUGUCUGCAAUCUUUAUAAUUUACAGACGUUGAUUCUUUCUAGCUGUUAUAAAUUGAUUAAGUUGCCCGAGAGCUUCUCAAAGCUUAAAGAUUUGCAGCAUUUUGACAUGAUGGGUUGUUUCAUGUUGAAGACGAUGCCCUUAGGGAUUGGUGAGUUGAAAAGUCUUCACACUCUCUCCAGUGAUAUUGGCUUAAAAUUAACCGAGCUUAAGAACUUGCAAAAUCUCCAUGGGAAAGUUUGUAUUGAUGGGCUGGGAAAUGUGGAAAAUUCAGUGGACGCACGUGAGGCGAACUUCUCUCGAAAAAGGUUUUGUGAGUUAGUGUUGGAUUGGGGUGAUGAGUUUAAUGUCCUUCGAACAAAAUCACUUGAAAAAGAGAUCCUCAAUGAGCUGAUGCCUUAUAAUGGUACUCUAGAAAAACUCAGAAUUUCUUUAUAUAGAGGUGUAGAGUUUCCAAAUUGGGUUGGGGAUCCAUCCUAUCAUCGGUUGACUAUAGUGUCGAUAGAAAGGUGUGAAGAAUCAACCUCUCUACCAAUGCUUGGGCAACUACCAUCACUGAAGGAGCUGUUUAUUGGUGGGAUGAGUAAGGUGAAGGUUGUAGGUAUGGAGUUUCUUGGGACCGAUCUUGCAUUUCCUUCACUUGAAAUCCUAGAGUUUGAUAGUAUGUCAUGGUGGGAGGAAUGGUCAACAAAGAGUGGGGCGUUUCCUUGCCUUCAAGAGCUUUGUAUUGAAGAUUGUCCUAAUCUGGUCCGGGUCUCCCUUGAAGCACUACCUUCACUAAGGGUUCUGAAACUAAGAAAAUGUGGUCAUGGUGUAUUGAAAAGCCUGGUUGAUAUAGCUUUGUCAAUCACCAAGUUGGAAAUAGAUGAUAUUUCAGGGCUUACUGACGUGGUGUGGAGAGGUAUGAUUGGGUGUCUAGGGGCAGUUGAAAAAAUAAACAUCAUGAAAUGUAAUGAAAUAAGAUACUUGUGGGAAUCAGAAGCAGAGGCAAGUAAGCUUCUUAUGAAUUUAAAGAUGUUGAAGUUAAGAAAAUGUGAAAAUUUGGUGAGUUUAGGGGAGAAAGAUAAGGAGGAUAAUUGUGGGAGCAGCCUAACAUCUUUUAGUUGGUUGGGAGUAUGGAAUUGUAACAGCUUUGAGCAUUGCAGUUGUCCUGAUAGCAUGGAGACUUUGGAUAUUUGGGAUUGUGAUUCAAUUACAUCCGUCUCCUUCCCAACAGGAGGAGGGCAGAAGCUCAAGUCACUUGUCAUUUGGGAUUGCAAGAAACUAUUGGAAAAGGAGUUGGGAGGAAAAGAGAAGACAAGGUUUCUUAUAAAAUCAAAAAUGCAGAUGCUUGAAUUUGUAUUUAUAGCUAAUUGGCCAAAUCUGAAAUCCAUCAGUGAAUUGAGCUGCUUCAUUCACUUGAACAGAUUAUAUAUAUCAGAGUGUCCAGGUAUGGAGUCAUUUCCUGACCAUGAGUUGCCGAAUCUCACCUCGUUAACAGAACUAACAAUUAAAAAGUGUACAAGUAUGGAUGCAUCCUUUCCUCGUGGGCUUUGGCCUCCGAAAUUGUGUCGGCUUGAAAUAGGAGAGUUGAAGAAGCCCAUCUCAGAGUGGGGCCCACAGAAUUUCCCAACCUCACUUUCUCACUUAACAUUGUAUGGCGGACCAUAUGAUGAUGUGAAAAACUUUGCGCAGUUGUCCCAUCUUUUACCUUCAUCUCUUACUUCUCUUGGCAUAGAUCGAUUUGAGAAACUGGAUUCGGUUUCAACGGGACUCCAACACCUCACCUCCCUCCAACAUCUCUUCAUUUGCAACUGCCCAAAGACGGUGGAUCUACCAGAAAAGCUCCUAUUGGCCCCUCAUCUCCCUUAUCCCCUACUUGGACAUAGACGAGUAAUUAAGUUUCAUGUGAAGAUUGGAUUGAACCCAAAGAGAAGGAGAGCUUGUGCUUUUCAGCACCAGAAACCCCAUGAAGCAUGGUCAAGGAAUUAUUAACCGCACAUUUGUUUGUAUGGAAAGACUAUGUUUCAGAGUUAGCUUGAAAGCAGAACAAAACAGAGAACUCCAACUGCUCUUCCAAGACGUUGAUAACAGAGUCCAUGUAUUCUUGACUUUCAUUGAAAACAAAGUCCAUUUAUCACUUUAGUACCUCAUCUUGCUUUCUGAAUAGAUACAUUUGCCAGCCAACAAAAUGCAUUUAGAAUUUUGCUUUUUAAUUACGACUCAUUUUGAUUUUUCUUUUUGCCGGUUUCUAUUCUAGAUUCUUGUAUAUUUCAUGAAGAGAUAUCCCAUGAACUCCAUUUGUUAUCUAGAAAGAUUACGUUUAAGAGUUAGACUGAAAACAAAACCAAAACUAAAACAGUGAACUCGAUCUGUUCUUCCAAGAAGUUGAAAACAAACUCCUUGUAACUUUGACUUGCGCUGGUAGAUGUAUAGCUUUAGUAACUCAUUUUGCUUUAUGAUAAAGUUAUUAGAC